UAUAUAGCAUGUUGGAUGCUAUAACUCUCUUGUUAAAACGGACUAGGUUCGAGUUGCAGCAGAUACCGUUUUAAAGACGGUGCAUUGCAGAGUACCAGGCGGGAUAGGACCGAGGAAGGAAAGGAAAGGGAAACGGUACCAAUUGGAUCGAAACCUCGCCUUCAUUUUGAUUCAGGAUGGGGAACAGAGAUGACGAGUAUGAUUACUUGUUCAAAGUGGUGUUGAUAGGAGACUCUGGUGUGGGGAAGAGUAACCUGUUGUCUCGUUUCACCCGGAAUGAGUUUAACCUGGAGAGUAAGAGCACCAUCGGGGUGGAGUUUGCCACCCGCAGUAUCCAGGUGGAUGGGAAGACCGUGAAGGCUCAGAUCUGGGACACAGCUGGCCAGGAGAGAUACCGGGCUAUUACAUCAGCGUAUUACCGUGGUGCCGUGGGUGCUCUUCUGGUCUAUGACAUCGCCAAGCACCUGACCUAUGAAAGCGUGGAACGUUGGCUGAAGGAGCUGAGAGACCAUGCUGACAGCAACAUCGUCAUUAUGUUGGUCGGCAACAAGAGUGACCUGCGCCACCUCAGGGCUGUGCCCACCGAUGGGGCACGGGCGUUUGCAGAGAAGAACGGUUUGUCUUUCCUGGAGACCUCAGCCCUGGACUCUACUAACGUGGAGACAUCCUUCCAGACCAUUCUGACUGAAAUCUAUCGCAUUGUGUCUCAGAAACAGAUGUCAGACCGGCAAGACAACAACAUGUCGCCUAGCAACAACGUGGUCAACAUCCAGGUGCAGCCGACGGAGAAUAAACCAAAGAUGCAAUGUUGUCAGAGCAUUUAACGGCAUCACCAGUACCACCUGCUUCCCCCUGACCCCCGACCCCAAACCCCCUUCUAAAAGACUGCUUUGGUCCUGUCUGUCUGAGACACAGCUGCGUGGCCAGGCUCUAGACCGACACACAGCUGCGUGGCCAGGCUCUAGACCGACACACACCUGCGUGGCCAGGCUCUAGACCGACACACAGCUGCGUGGCCAGGCUCUAGACCGACACACAGCUGCGUGGCCAGGCUCUAGACCGAGACACAGCUGCGUGGCCAGGCUCUAGACCGAGACACAGCUGCGUGGCCAGGCUCUAGACCGAGACACAGCUGCGUGGCCAGGCUCUAGACCGAGACACAGCUGCGUGGCCAGGCUCUAGACCGAGACACAGCUGCGUGGCCAGGCUCUAGACCGAGACACAGCUGCGUGGCCAGGCUCUAGACCGAGACACAGCUGCGUGGCCAGGCUCUAGACCGAGACACAGCUGCGUGGCCAGGCUCUAGGGUCUAUACGACAGAGUAGAGGCUGCCUCCAAAGUGUGCACUUACUUGUCUUGCACACUUCUUGUCAUGGAUUUAAAAGCAUUAGAUUGUAAUUAUUGGCUGAAGGGAGUUUCUUUCCACCGUUGUUAAGCCUAAAUCCAUGAUGGGAAGUGUGCAAGUGAACACUUUGAGAAAAGGGUGUAUAAUUAGGGUGCAGCUGUGUCUGAUCCCGUUGGUUCCUUAAGGAUCUCCAGUCAGGACUAUACAGCUGUGUCUGAGCCCAUUGGUUCCUUAAGGAUCCCCAGUCAGGACUAUACAGCUGUGUCUGAUCCCAUUGGUUCCUUAAGGAUCCCCAGUCAGGGCUAUACAGCUGUGUCUGAUCCUGUUGGUUCUAUACAUCUGUGUCUGAGCCCGCUGGUUCCUUAAGGAUCCCCAGUCAGGACUAUACAGCUGUCUGAUCCCAUUGGUUCCUUAAGGAUCCCCAGUCAGGACUAUACAGCUGUGUCUGAUCCCAUUGGUUCCUUAAGGAUCCCCAGUCAGGGCUAUACAGCUGUGUCUGAGCCCAUUGGUUCCUUAAGGAUCCCCAGUCAGGGCUAUACAGCUGUGUCUGAGCCCAUUGGUUCCUUAAGGAUCCCCAGUCAGGGCUAUACAGCUGUGUCUGAGCCCGUUGGUUCCUUAAGGAUCCCCAGUCAGGACUAUACAGCUGUCUGAUCCCGUUGGUUCCUUCAGGAUCCCCAGUCAGGACUAUACAGCUGUGUCUCAUCCCGUUGGUUCCUUAAGGAUCCCCAGUCAGGACUAUACAGCUGUGUCUGAUCCCGUUGGUUCCUUAAGGAUCCCCAGUCAGGACUAUACAGCUGUGUCUGAUCCCGUUGGUUCCUUCAGUAUGCCCAGUCAGGACUAUACAGCUGUCUGAUCCCGUUGGUUCCUUAAGGAUCCCCAGUCAGGGCUAUACAGCUGUGUCUGAGCCCAUUGGUUCCUUAAGGAUCCCCAGUCAGGGCUAUACAGCUGUGUCUGAGCCCGUUGGUUCCUUAAGGAUCCCCAGUCAGGACUAUACAGCUGUCUGAUCCCGUUGGUUCCUUCAGGAUCCCCAGUCAGGACUAUACAGCUGUGUCUCAUCCCGUUGGUUCCUUAAGGAUCCCCAGUCAGGACUAUACAGCUGUGUCUGAGCCCAUUGGUUCCUUAAGGAUCCCCAGUCAGGGCUAUACAGCUGUGUCAGCCCGUUGGUUCCUUCAGGAUCCCCAGUCAGGACUAUACAGCUGUGUCUGAUCCCGUUGGUUCCUUUUAAGGAUCCCCAGUCAGGACUACACAGCUGUGUGAUCCUGUUGGUUCCUUCAGGAUCCCCAGUCAGGACUAUACAGCUGUCUGAUCCCGUUGGUUCCUUCAGGAUCCCCAGUCAGGACUACACAGCUUUUUAUUUCUGCCGUCUUUUAUAUUAUUAUAUAGCAACGAUUUAAUAAUCAGAAAAACGCUGGACGAAUCUUCAUAGAAAUGUCUUUAAUAUAUGAUUUACUCCUUUUGUUUUUAGAUUUUUUAUUAAAUCAUUUGAGGUUUGUUUUGUUCACCUGUAAGCUUCAAAUUGACUGCACUGUACUCUCAUUACCCUGGCUGACUUGUGAAUCCACAAAUUGCACCCUAUUCCCUAAUGUAGUGCACUACUAUUAACCAGAGGCCUUACUAACCAGUAGUAGUGCACUAUAAAAGGAAUAGCUUAAGGGACCAUUUGGGAGCCUGCUGGUGUGCUGCAUAACUAGAUGAUGUUCUCUCUGUGGUAGUAAUGCUAACGAUGAUAGGUUAGGGAUCAGUGGUAGUAAUGCUAUAAUGCUAAUGAUAGGCUAGGGAUCAGUGGUAGUAAUGCUAUAAUGCUAAUGAUAGGCUAGGGAUCAGUGGUAGUAAUGCUAUAAUGCUAAUGAUAGGCUAGGGAUCAGUGGUAGUAAUGCUAUAAUGCUAAUGGUGAUAGGCUAGGGAUCAGUGGUAGUAAUGCUAAUUAUGAUAGGCUAGGGAACAGUGGUAGUAAUGCUAUAUUGCUAAUGAUAGGCUAGGGAUCAGUGGUAGUAAUGCUAUAAUGCCAAUGGUGAUAGGCUAGGGAUCAGUACUAGUAAUGCUAAUGAUGAUAGGCUAGGGAACAGUGGUAGUAAUGCUAAUGAUUAUAGGCUAGGGAUCAGUGGUAGUAAUGCUAAUGAUGAUAGGCUGGGGAACAGUGGUAGUAAUGCUAAUGAUGAUAGGCUAGGGAACAGUGGUAGUAAUGCUAAUGAUGAUAGGCUAGGGAACAGUGGUAGUAAUGCUAAUGGUGAUAGGCUAGGGAACAGUGGUAGUAAUGCUAAUGGUGAUAGGCUAGGGAACAGUGGUAGUAAUGCUAAUGAUAGGCAAGGGAAAAGUCGUAGUAAUGCUAUAAUGCUAAUGAUGAUAGGCUAGUGUUGCAAAAUUCCUGAAACGUUCCCUACAUUUCCAAGGUUUUUUAUUAAUCAUGUUUCAAGGAAUUUCUGAUAUCAGGAAGGAUUAACUAGGGAAGGCAUCCUCCUACUGAGAUUUAUGAGGAAUUUCAGAGUUCUGAAAAGCUUGUAGCUCAAUAACCAGUAUCUGAGCUGUGAAGCACUUUCUGUUGUGUUGCUAGAUUGACCAGGUUGUUGUCAUGGGGAUGGAUGGUGGCAGAACGUGUUGUUGCCACUACUCGUGAUGCUAGCAUGGUCUAGUCCUGAGUCCUGAGUCCCAGCUCUGUUUGUGCUGUCUUGCCAACUCUAUGUGAUUUAUAGGAGUCGCUAAGACAGCACAAACGGAUGUGGGACCAGGCUAAGCAUGGUUCACCUUGGUGUCAAGGGUCAACUAAUCAAGUCAAGUAAUGGCACAUACAUAACCACUGUCUGGAGAGACCUGCAGAGACCUACAGCUAGACUCCCUAACACAGUGUCUGUUCAGACUGAUUCAUUAGAGCUAGACUCACUAACACAGUGUCUGUUCAGACUAAUGCUUUGAGUACUGAGUAGUGACUUGUUUCAGUGCCUAAUGCCUUGAGUACUGAGUAAUGACUUGUUUCAGUGCCUAAUGCCUUGAGUACUGAGUAGUGACUUGUUUCAGUGCCUAAUGCCUUGAGUACUGAGUAUUGACUUGUUUCAGUGCCUUUAUUGUAGAAUGACUUGUUGGUUGGUCUGUAGAUAGUUUUCAGAUGCCACCUCCCCUUCUCUUGAAGCCCAGCUCACCUAUCUCUGAGUUGGUGGACAGGACAGGUUCCUACCCUUAAAAAUGUACGUGUGAUCAGGGUGGUUGGCAGGUAGCCAAGGAGCGCUACAGUUCACUCCAAGCAACUCGUAUCAAGCAGAUCACACAAUUUACCACGGCCAACAGCAGGCCUGGUCUACAGGGUAAUAGUAGUGUGGGUAGGAGCCACUGUCUGGAGUCAGAUCAGAUUAACUUCAUUAAUAACCCACUGUCUGGAGUCAGACCAGAUUAACAUCAUUAAUAACCCACUGUCUGGAGUCAGACCAGAUUAACAUCAUCAAUAACCCACUGUCUGGAGUUCAUUAAUAACCCACUGUCUGGAGUCAAACCAGAUUAACAUCAUCAAUAACCCACUGUCUGGAGUUCAUUAAUAACCCACUGUCUGGAGUCAGACCAGAUUAACUUCAUUAAUAACCCACUGUCUGGAGUCAAACCAGAUUAACUUAAUUAAUAACCCACUGUCUGGAGUUCAUUAAUAACCCACUGUCUGGAGUCAAACCAGAUUAACAUCAUUAAUAACCCACUGUCUGGAGUCAGACCAGAUUAACUUCAUUAAUAACCCACUGUUUGGAGUUCAUUAAUAACCCACUGUCUGGAGUCAAACCAGAUUAACUUCAUUAAUAACCCACUGUCUGGAGUCAGACCAGAUUAACUUCAUUAAUAACCCACUGUCUGGAGUCAAACCAGAUUAACUUAAUUAAUAACCCACUGUCUGGAGUUCAUGAAUACCCACUGUCUGGAGUCAAACCAGAUUAACAUCAUUAAUAACCCACUGUCUGGAGUCAAACCAGAUUAACAUCAUUAAUAACCCACUGUCUGGAGUCAGACCAGAUUAACAUCAUUAAUAACCCACUGUCUGGAGUCAGACCAGAUUAACUUCAUUAAUAACCCACUGUCUGGAGUCAGACCAGAUUUACUUCAUUAAUAACCCACUGUCUGGAGUUAGACCAGAUUAACAUCAUUAAUAACCCACUGUCUGGAGUUAGACCAGAUUAACAUCAUUAAUAACCCACUGUCUGGAGUCAGACCAGAUUAACAUCAUUCAUAACCCACUGUCUGGAGUCAGACCAGAUUUACUUCAUUAAUAACCCACUGUCUGGAGUUAGACCAGAUUAACAUCAUUAAUAACCCACUGUCUGGAGUCAGACCAGAUUAACAUCAUUCAUAACCCACUGUCUGGAGUCAGACCAGAUUAACAUAAUUCAUAACCCACUGUCUGGAGUCAGACCAGAUUAACAUAAUUCAUAACCCACUGUCUGGAGUUAGACCAGAUUAACAUCAUUCAUAACCCACUGUCUGGAGUUAGACGAGAUUAACAUCAUUCAUAACCCACUGUCUGGAGUUAGACGAGAUUAACAUCAUUCAUAACCCACUGUCUGGAGUUAGACGAGAUUAACAUCAUUAAUAACCCACUGUCUGGAGUCAAACCAGAUUAACAUCAUUAAUAACCCACUGUCUGGAGUUAGACCAGAUUAACAUCAUUCAUAACCCACUGUCUGGAGUUAGACGAGAUUAACAUCAUUCAUAACCCACUGUCUGGAGUCAGACCAGAUUAACUUCAUUAAUAACCCACUGUCUGGAGUUAGACGAGAUUAACAUCAUUAAUAACCCACUGUCUGGAGUCAGACCAGAUUAACAUCAUUCAUAACCCACUGUCUGGAGUCAGACCAGAUUAACAUAAUUCAUAACCCACUGUCUGGAGUCAGACCAGAUUAACAUAAUUCAUAACCCACUGUCUGGAGUUAGACCAGAUUAACAUCAUUCAUAACCCACUGUCUGGAGUCAGACCAGAUUAACAUCAUUCAUAACCCACUGUCUGGAGUCAGACCAGAUUAACAUCAUUCAUAACCCACUGUCUGGAGUUAGACCAGAUUAACAUCAUUCAUAACCCACUGUCUGGAGUCAGACCAGAUUAACAUCAUUCAUAACCCACUGUCUGGAGUUAGACCAGAUUAACAUCAUUCAUAACCCACUGUCUGGAGUCAGACCAGAUUAACAUCAUUCAUAACCCACUGUCUGGAGUCAGACCAGAUUAACAUCAUUCAUAACCCACUGUCUGGAGUCAAACCAGAUUAACAUCAUUCAUAACCCACUGUCUGGAGUUAGACGAGAUUAACAUCAUUCAUAACCCACUGUCUGGAGUCAGACCAGAUUAACAUCAUUCAUAACCCACUGUCUGGAGUCAGACCAGAUUAACAUCAUUCAUAACCCACUGUCUGGAGUCAGACCAGAUUAACUUCCGUGAUAAUGAAUGCUAAAUUAGCAUGCUAUAUUGAUAUGCUAUUAUGGACCACCAUGACUGGUAACAUGAACGACCUGAAUGUUUAUUACCCCUGUCACCACUACCUUUUCUGGGAAUGACUGCAGCCUUGUAUCGUACUGUGAUGACCUGGGAUGUGUUCAUUGGGCACCAAACAGUAGAAAACUGAUUUAAAACAGGGAGGGACUACCUGCACUAGUAGUCCAAUAACAAACACUAAAAUGUAUAUUUUCCUGUUGUAAAACAUUUUUGCUAGAAUUCAGAUGGCACCAUUUGUCACGAUUGUCGUUGGGAGAAGGAGAAGAGGACCAAAGAGCAGCUUGGUAUACUGGAACAAAAACAACAGACCGACAAACGAACAGUUCUGCAAGGUGCAACAAAAACACUAAACAGAAAAUUCAAAACAUAGAAUACCCACCCCAACUCACGCCCUGACCAAACUAAAACAGAGACAUAAAAAAGGAACUAAGGUCAGGGCGUGACACCAUUCUUCCAUAGGGUUUGAAAGAAGUGCACUUUUUUAUUUUUUAUUAGUGCUAGCUUUGGAGUAGGCUAGCUUUGGAGUAGGCUAGCUCUGGAGUAGGCUAGCUUUGGAGUAGGCUAGCUUUGGAGUAGGCUAGCUCUGGAGUAGGCUAGCUUUGGAGUAGGCUAGCUUUGGAGUAGGCUAGCUUUGGAGUAGGCUAGCUCUGGAGUAGGCUAGCUCUGGAGUAGGCUAGCUCUGGAGUAGGCUAGCUUUGGAGUAGGCUAGCUUUGGAGUAGGCCAGCUUUGGAGUAGGCUAGCUUUGGAGCAGGCUAGCUUUGGAGCAGGCCAGCUUUGGAGUAGGCCAGCUUUGGAGCAGGCUAGCUUUGGAGCAGGCUAGCUUUGCUCGGUCUAUGUAGUCCCCUUAACUAUUGCUGUUGUGUGGUUUUAAUUAUGUCAAUGAUCUUUCACUUUAUGCCUCGGCACCACUGUUAUUAUGUUUUCAUUCAUGCUGUCUGUGAUAUUUUGUUGUUGUUGUUGUUGUUUCUUAUUUGUUUUGUUUAUAAUUAAACUCUUCUCUCUGUGUCCACUAAUUACAAUGAAUAAAUAAACUUACCUCGGA